AUGUCUGACCAGGAGGCAAAACCUUCAACUGAGGACUUGGGGGAUAAGAAGGAAGGAGAGAACACUAAACUUAAAGUCAUCAGACAGGAUAACAGUGAGAUUCACUUCAAGGUGAAAAUGAUGAUGCAUCACAAGAAACUCAAAGAAUCAUACUGUCAAAGACAGGGAGUUCCCAUGAAUUCACUCAGGUUUCUCUUUAAAGGUCAGAGAAUUGCUGAUAAUCACACUCCAAAAGAACUGGGAAUGGAGGAAGAAGAUGUGAUUGACGUUUAUCAGAAACAAAUGGGGGCAUUCAAUGCUUUCCUGUGUGUGACCAAGGUUAGGAACCACCAUACUAAAAGUAACUUUGACACAGGUGAUCCAUGGACAAAGUUUGAGAACGGGGGCUUAAAAGAGUACACCUUAAUGAGAUCCUUCUGA